CUCUAUCACUACCUCCAAGCACUUAAAGUUGACGAGAAUGGAUGGCGGAAAUCCACUGAUACCAUUAUGGCCAAUAAUUUAUCUACUGAUGAAGAGCAUUUCCUUCUUCUGCAAGUAAUCGAGGACUACCUUAAUCGACGAUAUUCCGAAGCGGAUGCUGAGAGUAUGUUGUGUAUUCACAGUCUACUAUCCCAUUGGAUUCAGAAGCUGUCCGCUCUCCCUGAUCAACCUGUGUUCUUAGUUAAUAAAAUGGCUCAUAUAUUCUCCUUGGUAUUCGCAACGGAUUUUCCGGACAGGUGGCCUACGUUUAUGGAUGAUCUAUUCCUUUCUCAAGGAUUAGAUAGUGUCCCGAUAGUAAUUUUUUACUUGAAAACACUUCUGGCUAUCGAUUCGGAAGUAGUAGAUCGAGAUAUCCAGAGAGAUAAACUAAGUUUCGAUCGUAAUACUAAAAUCAAGGAUUUCAUGCGUGAACUUUGCAUACCACAAAUUGUAAAAAGUUGGUGGACCAUUCUGGAACGCUGUUCGGAUGUAACUGCGCAGUGUCUGUGUUUGGACGCUAUUGCUGCGUUUGUGGACUGGAUCAACGUGGAACUGAUUGCUAACGACCUAUUCGUGCAAUUAGUGAUUAGUCGACUUGGGAAAAAGGAACUUUCUGAAGUAAGAGUUUACCUAUUAUUCUCAACGCCUAAGAAACACCGAUUAAAUGUGAUUUUCAAGAACAGCGACUAUGACGACGUUUCACGUGCGGGAUCGCUUCUAAGCGCCAUCGGUAGUGUGCUCAUCGAUACCGUGUUUACAAGAAUUGUGUCGAUUUGUUUCCGACGGUAUGUAGUCAGUGAAGAACUGGAUGUGGAUGGCUCCGGAGAGGACGAAAUCGAAUUCGCUGAAUAUCGUAAGGAACUUCGUGGAAUAUUGAAUACUAUUGGAACCAUGCGCCCUGAUCUUAUUGUGUCACCAUUGGAAUCUCUUGUUGCUGAAGUCUCAGCGAGUGCUGGUGGUACUGCAAUGCCAAUCGCUCGCCUUGAGGCCAUAGUUCAAUUAGUACAUGGCCUUGUGGAGAUCAUCCCAGCCAAUUUUGUGAAUGCGAAAGAAGGUUGGAUGGGACGUGGCGCACAAUUACCAGUUAAUCUUUUAAAUUCUAUGCAGUUAGAUGGUCGAUCAGCAUCGGUGCAUGUGUUAUAUUUUGAAGUCGCAUGUCGUUACGAACGUCUCCUCAUGACUCGUCCACAACCCGUUAUACCUCAGAUAGCAGCCGCAUUUCUUGACGAGAGAGGAAUAACGUUCCCAGUUGCUCGUGUCCGUACUCGUAUCGUGUACCUCUUUUGUCGCUUUGUUAAAGCGCAUAAAACUGCACUCAGUCCUUUAGUCUCUGAGGUUAUUGCUCGCCUGGCACCAUUGUUGGUCAUGUCAUCGCGUUCUGACCAGUUGCUCACUGCAGACGACCAAGCGUUCAUAUUCGAAGCGACGGGUACACUUAUCGUCUUUGGUGAACUUGGAGUGGAGCAGAAGUCGACUUACAUUGGAGAACUAGCAAAUAAGCUUGCUGAGCGUUUCCUUGCUGCUACUAGAGAAUUGCAAAUGGUUCGAGUAUCUGAAGAUGCAACCAAGAUACAAAUGGUUCAGCAGUUCAUGGCCAAUACUGUGGGAUACUGUAGCCGUUUGUCAAAAGCAUUCAACAAUUCAUAUUCGAUGCAAUCAUGCAGAUGUGUAGACAUGUACAUGAAAUUACUUAAUCUGUUUUUGGGGCAUCUAACACCUGAGAACGCGUUCCUUCUGGAGUCGGUUCGACAGCUUGCGCAUCGACUGGUUGUAUGUCUUGACUCGGAGCUGCUUCCUGUUCUUCCUGCUCUAUUGUCCGCAUUGGUUUCAAUUGAUCUAGAUAGCAUGAAUCAUCUCCUUAUUCUCAGUCAUCAGAUAGUCGCCAAGUUUAAGGUUAGUUUUCAGAUUCUUUAUAUAAUCGAUGACAUCUUGUCAGGAGAUUUCUUUGACAGUCUUCAAGAAGCUGCCACACGGUUUGCUCUGAGCAGUGAUCAGCCAUGUCAAAAACUCGCGCUUGCUACUCUCAGUCGAACUUCCGUUGGAAAUACUCAGUGGUGGCAAAGAACACUGCGUACUGCCCUUGAAGUGCCUUCGCUGUCACACAUCAGUGCUUCAGAUGCUGGGAUUAGUCACUUACAGGUUGUUCACGAAGUCGCAUCAACACUGCUAACACUUCAGAAGGCACACCCUGAGGAGUUUGCUGUCGCUGUGAAGUCUUUGAUGCCUGGUGAAUUAGGACUGAACCUGUUGUCUGCGUUGGAGAAUUUCAAGUCUCGUGCAUUGGAUGAGCAACUUUUGAUAAUAUACGAGAAAAUUCGAAAAGCACAACAGCUGAUUUAA